UUUCAAAAAACACUACGUAAUUACAACAUGGCUUCGAAACGGCCACGCGAAGACGACUCAGCCAGACAUGCAAAAAAACAGAGAAAGGGCUUCUCUGUUGGCCCUGCGAAUCUGCCUGAUGGCACAUACAAGCGCAAAGUGCAAAAGAUCAAGAAAGACCUCAUCCACAAGGCGAAGCUGAAACAGCAAUACACCAAGCUGAAGGCUCGAGAAGAAGCAAGCACGACGCCUCGAAAAUCCGUCUACGACCGCGACGAUGAGGUCAACGACGAAGACAACGAACCUGCCGAGCCUGUUCCAGAGCCCACUCUCGAUCCGCAUCCAGACAGGAUGAAGAUGCUGGAGGACGAAGAGGCCAACCCAGAGCCCGAGCCACCAAAAGAGCGAAGAAAAAAACAGCCGCGCUCACAGCCCUUCAGGAAAGAGGCCGAGAUAGCGCAGAAGAACAAGGCAGAAGCGGACGCACGCCGAAAGGCAAGGAACGACGCAGAGAAUGAGCGUUCAAUAAGGCUGGCAGAAAGAGAGCGCUUCAGAAAAACUAUGGCUAAGGCGCGAGGAGGACCAGAUGGGAAAAGGAAGCUCGGUCGCGAAAGCACCGUGUUGCUUGCCAAAGCGCAGAGGCUGAUGGGCAAGACCUGAAAGCGCAAUACAGAUGAGGUCGAGAGUCUCGAGGCCUAGCGAUCACAGAGCUGGCUCAAAUGGCGCAAGCUCAUUGUUAGCCUUACGGGAAAUCCAUACCAUGUGAAAGCGCGCCGAGCAUCAGCCCGAACCCCUCCUUGAGCGUUGCAACACACGUACUCGACGCGACGUUCGAGUACUAGCUCACUGGCGCGUACACAUCAGUGGACGCAACACAUGUGCUAUCAAUUUGGGUUCAAGAUUCAUACAAUCUGACUGACGCGAGCGCAUAUUGUCUAACAUCACACACGUAGCUCUCUAGAUUGUCACCAUGCAAAUAGUAGUAAUAUAAUUCACCCACGGACAGCCACAACGGUGGCAACUCAACUUGACACUCAUAGGGCCGAUUAUAAUAGCACAUGAAAUCAAAUUAAUGGAGCAUGUUACACGAAC